CUCGCAAACUUUCCGGCCGAAGUUCCUCUUUCUCGGGCGCGGACGCCGCGGCUGCCCGGACGAAGGACGCCGGCAAGCAGACGGCGGGCGAGUCGGCCGGCACUGCCGAGGGUCUCCUGCGCGCCGUGGCCUCUCCCUUCGGAGCCCUAACGGGCCGCGGCGAGUGAAGAGUCGGGCGGCCGGAAGCGCCUCGGGAUGCGGCCGCUGGGCGCGCAGCACCACCGUCUCCUCCUCGCCCUCCUGCUGUCGCUGCCGCCGGUCCUGAGCCAAGUUUUCCGAUGCACCCCACCUUUCGAAUCUUGCCUGAAUGGAGGAAAAUGUGAGACGUCUCCCAAUGGAACAGGGUGGUGCUUGUGCCCUAGCUCUUUCGUUGGUGACCGCUGCCAGCUGCCAAACCCUUGUUUCAGCUCUCCCUGCAAGAAUGCCGGCACGUGCCAUGCCAUCGCCCUUGGUACUGCCGUGGACUACACUUGCACGUGCCGCUUGGGCUUCACUGACCGGCUUUGCCUGACUCCUGUGGAGAACGUCUGCCUCAGCAGCCCCUGCCGCAGUGGAGGGACCUGCGAACUUCUCACGCUGACAGAGUACAAAUGCCGCUGCCCCCCAGGCUGGUCAGGUAAGACCUGCCAGCAGGCAGAUCCAUGUGCCUCUAACCCCUGUGCCAAUGGUGGGCAGUGUGUGCCUUUCGACUCUAGCUAUGUGUGCAAGUGUACAUUAGGCUUCCAUGGAGCCAACUGCAAGGAAGAUCUCAACGAGUGCAUCCGCACCCCACCCAUCUGCAAAAAUGGCGGGACCUGCGUCAAUGAGAUUGGCUCCUUCCAGUGUCUCUGCAAGCAGGCAUACACAGGCCAAACCUGUGAGAACCUCUACGUGCCUUGCAAUCCCUCUCCGUGCCAGAAUGGGGGCACCUGUCGCCAGACUGGGGAUACCACCUAUGAAUGCACCUGCCUUCCAGGUUUUACUGGUCAGAACUGUGAGGAAAAUCUUGAUGAUUGUCCUGGAAACAGCUGCAAGAAUGGAGGCACCUGUGUGGAUGGGGUGAACACGUACAACUGUCAGUGCUUGCCUGAAUGGACAGGUCAGUACUGCACAGAAGAUGUGGAUGAAUGCCAGCUGAUGCCCAAUGCUUGCCAAAAUGGUGGCACCUGCCACAAUACCCAUGGUGGCUACAACUGUGUGUGUGUCAAUGGCUGGACUGGUGAGGACUGCAGUGAGAACAUUGAUGACUGUGCCAGCGCAGCUUGUUUCAUAGGGGCCACCUGCCAUGAUCGUGUGGCUUCCUUUUACUGUGAAUGUCCACAUGGACGAACAGGUUUGUUGUGCCACCUUGAUGAUGCUUGUAUCAGUAACCCAUGUAAUGAAGGCUCCAACUGCGACACCAACCCUGUCACUGGAAGGGCCAUCUGUACCUGCCCAUCAGGCUACAUGGGACCUGCUUGCAACCAGGAUGUGGAUGAAUGUUCACUGGGAGCCAACCCUUGUGAACAUGCUGGGAAAUGCCUCAACACAGAGGGCUCCUUCCAGUGCCAGUGUCAGCAGGGUUACUCAGGCCCUCGGUGUGAGAUUGACGUCAAUGAGUGCUCCUCGAACCCGUGCCAGAACGAUGCCACCUGUUUGGACCAGAUUGGGGUCUUCCACUGUAUUUGCAUGCCAGGAUACGAGGGCGUUUAUUGUGAGAUCAACACAGAUGAAUGUGCCGGCAGCCCCUGUCUGCAUAAUGGGAACUGUGUGGACAAGAUCAACGAGUUUGUCUGCGAGUGCCCUCUAGGCUUUAAUGGGCACCUGUGCCAGUAUGACAUCGAUGAAUGUGCCAGCACGCCGUGCAAGAACGGAGCCAAGUGUGUUGACGGUCCCAGCUCCUACACCUGUGAAUGUGCAGAAGGUUUUGCUGGCCUCCACUGUGAAACUGACAUUGAUGAAUGUGACCCUGACCCCUGCCACUAUGGGGCCUGCCGUGACGGCAUUGCCACCUUCACAUGCGUCUGCCGGCCUGGUUAUACUGGCCACCGCUGUGACAUCAAUGUGAAUGAGUGCCAAAGCCAACCUUGCAAGAAUGGAGGGACUUGCCAGGACAGAAACAACGCUUACAACUGCCUGUGCCUCAAAGGGACAAAAGGGCCCAAUUGUGAAAUCAACCUGGAUGAUUGUGCCAGUAGCCCUUGUGACUAUGGCAGGUGCCUGGACAAAAUCAAUGGUUAUGACUGCACCUGUGAGCCAGGAUACACAGGGAGAAUGUGCAACAUCAACAUCGAUGAAUGCGCCAGCAACCCUUGCCACAAUGGUGGCACGUGCAGGGACAGCAUCAAUGGUUUCAUAUGCAUCUGCCCUGAAGGGUUCCAAGACAACAUGUGCCUCUCUGAAGUGAAUGAGUGUAACAGCAAUCCCUGUAUUCAUGGGAAAUGCAACGACGGGCUGAAUGGCUACAAGUGUGACUGUGAUCCGGGCUGGAGUGGUGUUAACUGUGACAUCAACAAUAAUGAGUGUGAAUCCAACCCUUGUACGAAUGGUGGCACCUGCAAGGAUAUGACCAGCGGCUACAUCUGCACCUGCCGGGAGGGAUUCAGUGGUCCCAACUGCCAGACCAAUAUCAAUGAAUGUGCUUCCAACCCUUGUCUGAAUCAAGGAACUUGCAUUGAUGAUGUUGCUGGCUAUCAGUGCAGUUGCCUGCUGCCGUACACUGGGGCCACUUGCGAGAACGUGCUGGCUCCUUGUGUGAACACUCCUUGCAAGAACGGUGGUGAAUGCAGAGCGUCUGAAGACUACAAGAGCUUCUCAUGUGCCUGCCCUUCAGGGUGGCAAGGACAAACCUGUGAGAUUGACAUUAAUGAAUGUGUGAAGAACCCCUGUCAGAACGGUGCUGGGUGCCAGAACACGGAGGGGAGCUUCCGCUGCCUCUGCAAGCCUGGGUUCAAAGGCCACAGCUGUGAAAUGGACAUCGAUGAUUGCCAUCCCAACCCAUGCCACAAUGGCGGCUCCUGCUCCGAUGGAAUCAACACCUUCUUCUGCGACUGCCAGGCAGGAUUCCAGGGUCCCAAGUGUGAGGAGGACAUUAAUGAGUGCUCCAGCAACCCCUGCAAGAACGGGGCCAACUGCACCGACUGCGUCGACAGCUACACCUGCACUUGCCCCUCCGGCUUCAGUGGGUUCCAUUGUGAGAAUAACACACCGGACUGCACUGAAAGCUCCUGUUUCAACGGGGGAACAUGCAUGGAUGGCAUCAACACCUUCACCUGCAUGUGCCCACCUGGCUUCACUGGCAUCUACUGUGAGCAUGACAUCAAUGAGUGUGACUCCAAGCCUUGCUUGAAUGGAGGCACCUGCCAGGACAGCUAUGGGACUUACAAGUGCACCUGCCCUCAGGGCUACACGGGCCUCAGCUGCCAGAACCUGGUGCGCUGGUGUGAUUCCUCCCCUUGCAAAAAUGGCGGGAAGUGCUUGCAGAAAGACAGCCGGUACCAGUGUGUGUGCCCUGGGGGCUGGAGGGGCGUCGACUGUGGCAUCCCCAAGGUCUCCUGCGAGGUGGCUGCAAAGCAGCAAGGUGUUGACAUCACACAGUUAUGCAGGAACUCAGGCCUUUGCGUGGAUAUAGGCAACACCCACUUCUGCCAUUGCCAAGCUGGCUACACUGGCAGCUACUGUGAGGAGCAGGUGGAUGAGUGCUCCCCGAGUCCGUGCCAGAAUGGGGCCACGUGCACCGACUACCUUGGAGGCUAUUCGUGUGAGUGUGUUCCUGGCUAUCACGGGGUUAACUGCUCGGAGGAGGUCAACGAAUGCCUUUCUCAGCCUUGCCAAAACAGAGGAACUUGCAUUGACCUCAUCAACACCUACAAAUGUUCUUGCCCCCGUGGAACUCAAGGGGUCCACUGUGAAAUCAAUGUAGAUGACUGCAGCCCCUUCUUUGAUGCCCACACCUUGGCCCCAAAGUGCUUCAAUAAUGGGAAGUGUGUGGACAGGGUGGGGGGCUACAGCUGCAUUUGCUUACCUGGCUUUGUGGGGGAGCGCUGCGAGGGAGAUGUCAACGAGUGCCUUUCCAACCCCUGCGACCAACGCGGGACCCAGAAUUGUGUGCAGCGCAUUAAUGAUUACAUAUGCGAGUGUCGGCCAGGUUACUCGGGACGGCACUGCGAGAGUGUGGUAGAUGGCUGCCGAAACAAGCCCUGCAGGAAUGGUGGGACCUGUGCAGUUGCCAGCAACACUCAGCAUGGUUACAUUUGUAAAUGCCCCCCUGGCUUUGAAGGAGCUACUUGUGAAAAUGAUUCACGCAGCUGUGGGGCUCUUCGAUGCCUGAACGGUGGGACCUGUGUCUCCACCCCAAAGGGCUCCGAGUGCAUGUGUGGCCAGGGCUUCAUGGGCCCUGUGUGCCAGUUCCCCCCCAACAGCCCUUGUCACUCAAGCCCCUGCUACAAUGGAGGCACAUGCCAGUUCACCAAAGAGAAGCCCCAUUAUCGGUGCCAUUGCCCGGUCAACUUCAAUGGGCUCAACUGCCACAUCCUGGACUUUGACUUCCCUGGGGGCAUCGGCCGGGACAUCACUCCCCCGUCCUUUGAAGAGAAGUGCGAGAUCCCAGGGUGUGCCAGCCAAGCGGGCAACAAGUUCUGUGACACCAAGUGCAACCACCAUGCCUGUGGCUGGGACGGGGGAGACUGCUCGCUCAACUUCGACGACCCCUGGAAGAACUGCUCCCAGGCGCUGCAGUGCUGGAAGUACUUCAACGACGGGAAGUGCGAUGCGCAGUGCAACAGCACCGGCUGCCUCUACGACGGCUUUGACUGCCAGAAGGUUGACGGGCAGUGCAAUCCUCUGUAUGACCAGUACUGCAAGGACCAUUUCUCAGAUGGCCACUGUGACCAGGGGUGCAACAAUGCAGAAUGCGAGUGGGAUGGCCUGGACUGUGCCAACAAUGUACCUGAGAAGCUAGCAGAUGGCACACUGGUGGUGGUGGUUUUGACUACACCAGAGAACCUGAAGAACAACUCUUUCAACUUCCUGCGAGAACUCAGUCGUGUUCUGCACACCAAUGUGGUCUUCAAAAAAGAUGCCAAGGGGGAAUACAUGAUCUUCCCCUACUACGGGAACCCUGAGGAGCUGAAGAAGCAUCACAUUAAGAGGUCAGCAGAGAACUGGUUGGAUGUGUCCAAUGCCGUCUUCCAAGUGAAGAACUCAUUCUAUUCAAGGGUCAGUGGAAGGCAGAGAAGAGAGCUGGACCAGUUGGACAUCUACGGCUCUGUCGUCCACUUGGAGAUUGACAACCGCCAGUGCAUCCAGUCUUCCUCGCAGUGCUUCCAGAGUGCCACGGAUGUAGCAGCUUUCCUUGGCGCCUUGGCUUCUCUUGGCAACCUGGACAUCCCCUACAAAAUUGAAGCUGUGAAGAGCGAAAUCGCCGACUCCCCGGGGAGCACUCCGUGGUAUCCCAUGUAUGUGGUCGUUUCUGCCCUCUUUCUCCUGCUCUUCAUUGGCAUCGGAGUAUUGGCAUCUCGCAAGCGGCGGAGAGAACAUGGACAGCUGUGGUUUCCUGAGGGCUUCAAAGUGACAGAGUCAAGCAAGAAGAAACGACGAGAGCCCCUUGGGGAGGAUUCUGUGGGGCUGAAACCCUUGAAGAAUGUUUCUAAUGGCACCCUGAUGGACGACAACCAGAAUGAAUGGGGUGAUGAAGAGACAUUAGACACCAAGAAGUUCAGGGUGGAGGAACAGGCCAUGCUGCCUGGCACGGAUGACCAUACUGACCACAGGCAGUGGACCCAGCAGCACCUGGAUGCCGCUGACCUGCGCAUUUCCUCCAUGGCUCCCACCCCUCCACAAGGUGAAAUUGAUGCCGAUUGCAUGGACGUGAACGUACGAGGACCAGAUGGAUUCACUCCACUGAUGAUCGCCUCGUGCAGCGGAGGAGGGCUGGAGACAGGCAACAGUGAGGAGGAGGAGGAUGCCCCCGCUGUCAUUUCAGAUUUCAUCUACCAGGGGGCUAGCUUGCACAAUCAGACGGACCGCACAGGAGAGACUGCGCUCCACCUGGCUGCUCGCUACUCCCGCUCCGACGCUGCCAAGAGGCUUCUGGAAGCAAGUGCUGAUGCCAACAUCCAGGAUCACAUGGGCAAGACGCCACUCCACGCAGCUGUGUCAGCAGAUGCUCAGGGGGUCUUUCAGAUUCUCAUCCGAAACAGGGCCACUGACUUGGAUGCGCGCAUGCAUGAUGGGACAACGCCUUUGAUCUUGGCUGCCCGCCUGGCUGUAGAAGGCAUGUUGGAGGACCUCAUCAACUGCCAUGCAGAUGUCAACGCAGUGGAUGAUCUAGGAAAGUCUGCUCUGCAUUGGGCUGCAGCCGUGAAUAACGUUGAAGCUGUGAUCGUAUUGCUGAAAAAUGGGGCCAAUAAAGACAUGCAGAACAACAAGGAAGAGACUCCUCUGUUCUUGGCAGCCAGAGAAGGGAGCUAUGAAACUGCCAAGGUCCUCCUGGAUCAUUUUGCGAACCGGGACAUCACAGACCACAUGGACCGCCUUCCACGAGACAUUGCCCAGGAACGCAUGCACCAUGAUAUUGUGCGCCUGCUGGAUGAGUACAACCUAGUGAGGAGCCCACCUCUACACAGUGGCUCUGUGGGGGCUCCCACAAUGUCUCCACCCCUGUGCUCGCCCAGUAGUUACAUUGGCAACUUGAAACCUGCAGUCCAGGGUAAGAAGACCAGAAAACCAAGCACUAAGGUGAUCAACUGUAAUGGGAAAGAGUCUAAGGACAUCAAGGCCCGCAGAAAGAAGUCACAAGAUGGCAAAGGAUGUCUGCUGGACAGCUCCAAUGUACUCUCACCUGUGGACUCCUUGGAGUCUCCCCAUGGCUACAUGUCAGACGUGGCCUCCCCUCCCUUAAUGACCUCACCCUUCCAGCCAUCUCCUUCCAUGCCUCUCAACCACCUGCCUGGCAUGCCUGAUGCCCAUAUGAGCAUGAACCACCUCAACAUGGCAGGCAAGCAAGAGAUUCCCUUGGGUGCCAGCCGGAUGCAGCCUUUUGAUGCAGCGCCCCCACGCCUCUCCCACUUACCUGUCUCCAACCCAAAUGCCAUAAUGAGCAGUACGCCACUCAGCUUCACAGUGAGCGGGGGCCCCGGUCUGAAUGGACAAUGUGAUUGGCUGAACAGGCUGCAGAAUGGCAUGGUGCAGAGCCAGUACAGUCCCAUGAGAAACGGCAUCCAACAAGGGCCACCUCAGCAAAGCCAAGCUCUGCCGCAUGGGCUGAUGACUUCCUUGCACAACGGCCUGCCGACCACCACCUUGUCACAGAUGAUGAGCUUUCAGGCAGUGCCGAGCAGCCGCCUGCCAGCCAGCUCGCAGGCCCACUUGCUGCAGGCCCAGCAGCUGCAGCAGAUCCAGCAGCAGCAAAACAUGCAGCAGCAGCAGCAGCAGCAGCCCCACGGCGCCACCCCAAACACUAGCACCCACCUCGGUCAAAACUUCCUUGGGAACGAGCUGAGCCCGCCUGACAUGCAGCCAGGGAGUGGCAGCGCUCUGGCCAUCCAUCCCAUCAUGCCGCAAGAUACCCAGGUCCUUGCCACCUCCCUGCCGUCUACCCUGACCCAGUCUAUGACAGCUACCCAGUUCCUCACGCCACCUUCCCAGCAUAGCUAUUCCUCCCCCUUGGACAACACUCCCAGUCACCAGCUGCAGGUGCCAGAUCACCCUUUCCUGACACCUUCCCCAGAGUCUCCAGACCAGUGGUCAAGCUCCUCUCCUCACUCCAACCUGUCCGAUUGGUCAGAAGGCAUCUCAAGCCCUCCUACCAGCAUGCCGUCACAAAUGGGACACAUCCCAGAAGCCUUCAAGUAAACGGGGGAGCGUCUCAAAGAAGGAGGAGCCCCAACAACAAUGUGGAGAGUUUUCUUCUGACAGGAAUGCUCUGGUUGGACUGGAGCAGUCUUUUUUUAAAAAAUAAAAUAUUUUUACAUACAAAAAUAAAAUGAAAAGUUUUUAAUUUUUUCUUUUUUAGUAUUUAUUUAUGUACGUAUUUUACAUGAAAACACUGCCUCAUUAUUUAUAUGUCCUGUUUUUGCUGUUCCACGAAAUGUAAAAUGUUCUAAUGGGGCUUGAUUGUUUUGUUCUGCUUUUUAAACUUUUUGUAUUGUAGCUUGUGUGUGUGUGUGUGUGUGUGUGUGUGUGCUCGCGUGUGCGGGGGGGGAGGGGGCAUUCUGCUAUAAAGAUAUAAGCAAAAGGUCCCUGUUCAUAAAAUGAUAUUUACUGAUUGAUUAGGGUUUUUUUUAUUGUUGUGCUUUUUUAAAUCCUGGAAAAACUGAUUUUUUUGUUUUAAAGAUUCAGUAUUACAAAGCUGUAUGUUCAUUUUGUCUCUUUGCUAAUAGCAGAUUUUUUAAAAUUUAUUUUAAAUGCUGCCUAUGAUCAAAGAUCAGGAUUGCAAGUUUAAAGCUACAAAUGAAAUUCAGGUGCUUCCCCACCUUCCAAAACAAUUUGUAUACAAUCCUGUGGAAUAACAACAACAAAUCUGUGGAUGAUUUUGUCCUGAGAGGAAUUACGCUUCACAGUUUGGGGGUGGGGUGUUGCCUGAGUUCUUGUAAUAUUGUUUUUCAAUGCUCUGAUCUUAGGUAUUUUUUGAGAACCACGUAUCUUUAUUAUUAAAGGACUAGUAAAAUGCCCAUCAUGACUGCGGGCAUAGAUAAUGAGGGGGACUAGGAUGUAUGUUGGAAUGGCAAAACACCUUUAACACACACACACACCAUAGACACCCAUGCACAAGAUCUGUUGGAGAGAGCCAGGUCUCCAUUGUUGGCUGCAGGGGGCUGGGGGGUUGAGGAAGUGUACACCUUAGUAGGAUGAGGCUGAAACCUGCUUCAGUGAUCCCAGCCAUUAAGAGUCAAGCCCAUUCUGCAUGGCUUAGCCCCACGCCGGGUACUGCUUCAUGACUACACACGAUCGAAGCUGGCUUCUGGUGGGGAGGGAACCAGCAUGGAAAGGCACAGCUGUGUUGUGAUGUGGUCUGCUUGAAAAUUCCAUGGAAGUGUUGCAAUGCCGUUCAAAACAGCAGUUGUCCGGACUCCACUUUUCAUGGAUUCCAGACAGCAAGGGAGUUGUCAAGCUGUGUUUAAGAGUGGGAGGGGAAGCUUUGCCAAAUAAUGUCUCGUGGCCUUAACUGCGGUGAACAGUCAAAUCAGAAAGGCUUGGAACUAGAUAGCAUCGAAGGCUGUGACUGGGAGAAACCACCCAGAUGUGAUUUAGGUGAAGUCUAGCAAGGCCUUUGGCAGCUACGUGUGAUAAUGGGGAUAAAAGGGGACACAGACACGGCCAGUGCCAACUUCGUUCCUCCCUUGAGUUUUACUGUCAGGUCCAAGUUGGAUGCUCUAGGAAGAGUAGAGCCCCAAAGGGUCGUCGCAAGUCACAGCCAUACAUGUUCAUGGUUUUUAAGAUGCAGGUUUUUAAAAAAAUAUCCUGAUAGUUUUUCUAAUGGCACAUUGUGUUUACUACAGAUGUCUGCUUUUUUGGAGACCAGGGUGGGUGGGGGUGACUUUGUGCACACAUGCGUGCGUGUGUAUGUGUGUAGUAUAAGCCUGUGGCAAAGCUAAUGCUCUAAAUAAGGGUUUUUAAGAAAAACAAGGACGGAUUUUGUUUCAAAAAUCUAAGUAAUUAUGUCUAAAGCAACCAUUGAGCUGGACGGGUGGGGGGGGGGGUUAAAAUAUUGCUAGAGGGGGGCCUUUGAGCCCAGUCCAGUGGAGAGUGUGCCUGCAAAAGCCCCGUGGCCACUUGUUCAUUGCACGGAGGCUACUUCAGGAGAAUUUCCUAUGGAUUGUGCCCUAGACUACAAUUCUGAGCAUUCGUGCUUUGGAGAAAGCCCCACUAGAUGUGCAGGAAACAUGCAUGAAUCCAGCUGCAAGGAUGUGGGCACUGCAUUCCUAUAUGGCACAAUACAGACCGAUGGCAGUGGAGGGCGGUAUCUACAGAGAGAAUCCCCGAUGAACAGAUUUUCCCAUUGGGGGAGGGGUGAAUGUGUCUUUUGAGCGUCAGCCUCAUAGGAAACGGGGAAGUGCUAAUAUCAGGGCAUCCCUAAAGCAAGCGAUAUUUAAACACUUUCUUGUAUUAAAUAUUUCAGGUUUUAUAAAGCAGAGUAUAGCUAUAAGUUGGGGGGGGGGGGUGGCAAGAAGCAACCUGUGAUAAAUUCUUUGUGCAAAAUUGUAGUUUGCAAAAAUGAUGUGUAUUUUUUGGUUAACUGAUUUGCAAUAAAUGAUGCUAGCAGGCAUCUAGA